GUGCGGAGCGCAACAGUCAGCAUGACGGGCUCGUACUCGCUGCAGUGCUUGGGGCUCCUACUUCUCGCAGCGAUCCUUCUGCAAACCAUCGCGGUCGCCGUCACGUUCAUAUACUUCAGCAACGUUUUGACAACGAUGAGAGAAACGUUCUCCAAGAGCAGCAUUUCUUGCCUGAUGCGUGCCAAUCUAAAAACCAUUAAACAUUUAGAUUUGAAUGCAGAGGAGGAAAAAGACGACCCCUGCUGGCAGGUCACGCGGCAGCUCCAUUUCCUCAUUGAGAAGACCAUGUCAAAUUGCUAUGAGAAGGAAAUUUCCUCGGCGGUAAAAGACGAAGUGUCGCGGGUUCUGCCGUCCGUGGCGACAGACGAACAGGACCCAACGCCACGCCCCGAGAUCGCAGCUCAUGUCACCGGCAAAUUCAGCUCAGGGGCGGAGAGAGCAACAGAGGGUCCAUCCAGCUGGAAGGUCCCGGGCCAGAAGAUCCAGUCGUGGGAGUCGGAGAAAGGCCUCGCCUUCCUGCACAACGUCAAGAUGAGCAACGGGGAUCUGGUGGUGCCCCAGGCCGGCCUGUACUACAUCUACUCCCAGACCUACUUCAGGCACGCCCUGCCUCUCGGUGACGAGGAAGAGGAGGAGGAGGAGGAGAGCGCGGUGACGGGCAAGCAGAUGCUGCAGUACGUCUACAAGAAGGUGGGGUCGUACCCGGUCCCCAUCCUUCUGAUGAAGAACGCCCGUACCACCUGCUGGUCCCGCAGCGCCGAGUACGGCCUGUACUCCAUCUACCAGGCCGGCGUCUUCCAGCUGGCCGCAGGGGACCGGGUCUUUGUGUCAGUCAGCAACGUCAGCACCGUGGACAUGGAGGAGAAGUCCAGCUUCUUCGGCGCUUUCCUGGUCAGCUAGCGGGGUAGAGGAGAAGCGCGGGCGGUCAGCGCUUUUAGACCUGUGAGGUUGCACCCCCUUCUCUCUCUCUCUCUUUUUUUUUUUUAAUGUUAAGAACCGCGACAGGCCUUGAUCACAGGGGAUUGAAUCGGGGUGUCGCCGGGGGAGACGCUGGUUGGUUGGUCACGUCGGUCACGUUGGCCUCAUCAACCAAUGAGGUUUCUUGUUCGUUGGCGCGGUGGCUGUGCUUCCUCAUGUCCGGCGGUCUUGAGGGGAGGCGUUGUGAGCGAGGCUGGUUCACCCCAGUCACGGCUGGUAAUGGGAGGGGCUUCUCAGAACCCGAAGCAGUGGAAGGAAUCUGAUUGGCCGUGGAAGGCCCAGAGGUCCAAUCCCAGCUCAUGGCGGUUGGAUGGGGGAGGAGCUAGAGAGAGAGCUUACAGAGGGACGUGGGGGGCCGUGGUAACGGAACGACAGAGGGACGGUUCUGUUGACCCCCAACAGGAAGGUGAUGUGAUGACACAGCAAAGAGCGCAGAGGCUGCAUUCCGCCCAUGCAGUUGGGACUGAUUUCGAGAAAAUGUGUGGAAGCAGUCCCGCUUUGUGUGUUCCAAGUCAAACAUCCUGUGUUUUAUUUGC